UCGCUUAAGCAAGUGUCGGAUGUUCGAAUUCCUCCUUGUGCAUGCAACAAUCUAUUAACCAGCAGCAGACCUUUAAAUAGAGAUCCGAUCCGCAACGAAUUAAUCUUUAACCUGUCGAGUUGGGAGAUAUCGUGAACAAUAAAAAAAAUUGAAAAACAAAAUGCAAUAAUAUUAAGGUACACUUUGCUUCUCUCCAUUAUUAAACAAAAUCUGAUACCUUUUUUUAUUUCUUCUCCCCUUUAUUUUGAAUUUUCCCAACAAACUCUAGUUUAGCUUUCAUAUGAUUAUGUUUUCCUGUUUCCUAGCAUGCUUUUCAAACUGUUCUUUUAUAAAGACCACCACACCCAACAGCUACUUUCUAUAUACCUCAAUCACACACACACACAUAUUCACUAAAUCACAUAAACUUUGGUGCAUAUCUAUCUUUUUGCUUGGUAGCUUUAAUUAAUUUCUCUCUUUCUUCAUUGAUCAUAUAUGGCUGAAGUUGUUGAAUACCAUGCAAAUUCCAACACAAACACCCCUACCACCCCACCAUCUUUGAAGCUCUUUGGCAUCAACAUUCAUCACAAGAUCUCAAAUAAAGAUCAAAACACUACUACUACUACUACUCAUAAAAAAGAACAACCAUGUUUGAUGAAUCAAUCACCAUCACCACCACAGAAAUCUGAACAAGAUAAUUGUUCUUUUGAUGACCCUUUUAAUAACUCAUCACCAUCAUCAUCAAGGGAUGCAAGAAAAUAUGAGUGCCAGUAUUGUUGUAGAGAGUUUGCAAAUUCACAAGCACUUGGUGGGCACCAAAAUGCACACAAGAAAGAGAGGCAGCUCCUGAAACGUGCUCAAAUGCAAGCUGCACGUGGCUUUGUUGCUUCACACUUUCAAAGCACAAUCAUGUCAUCAUCACAGGUGCCACAUCUUCUAGCUGUUGGUGGUGGUGCCGGUGUGCCGCCGCCACAACCUUCUUCUCAGGCAUCUUCAUGGUUCUAUUAUACAAGUGGUGGUGGCACACCCACCAGCUUUGGUGAUAAUGCAUACCAUUCAGGAGGAGCCAUGGCUCCCCCUGUAAGUCGUGUCUAUGGUGGUGGUGGUGACGACGAAAUCUACUUUGAAGAAUCUCACAUGAUCACAACAAAUUUGUUACACCACCACCGUUACCAAUAUCUGUCAAGAUUUGAUAGUCUUGACAGUAAUGGUAACCGUGGUGGUGGUCAACUUAAUAGUACUGAACAAGGAUUAAGAUUGAAUUUGCAUCUUAGUUUAUAAUCUGUGAGUUGAAAAUUUUAACGUUAAUCUCCAACAUGAUGUAGUAUAUAGAUUCUCUCAUGUAUGUACAUUUUCGUUAAGUAAUAAAUUAUGAUAAAUUUUUGCUGCA